UACGUCGAGGCACAAAAUAAAGCACCACACGGCCUAUUGUCUUUUGACGGGAAGAGUGCUUUAAACAAUAAAUUGGUAACUAGUACGGAUAACAGUUCACGAAAAAUGUCUCUAUUAAUUAUCCGAGUAGACCCUUUGUUGAAGAGAGAGAAUACGUGAUAACUCGAUGUUCAGUGCCCAUCUAAGUUACUCAAUAACAUCUAUUCCCUGGAAGAUAAUGCAUUCAGCGAAAAUAACCAGAGGGUGAAUUGCACAACAUUUGUUCAUUUGAUUGACUCACUUGGGUCAUUUCGAAUAAAGGCUGAAUUAGAACUAAACGCUCCAUUGUGUGUCGUUCAUUCUGGGCGGUAUCGGCGCAUGUGCAGUCCAAGUCAUAGUCGAUUGAUUUAUCAGGAAGACAUUCUAUCGGAGCAGCCAGGUAGACCAGUAAAAGCGCGAUGAAGUGUCUUUUGGCAUUGAUGCUAGUUUUCACAGCUCCGCUGACUAGCGUGCAACGGAUCUCAAAAGAAGAGACUGGAUUAGACGCCUUGAUAAUGGACGUUCUGUCCUGCUUUAACAUCCCAGGGUUAUCGUUAACUCUGGUGAAAAAUGGGCGUAUUAUUUUGGCGAAGGGCUACGGCGUAAAGGACGAAUUGAGCCGCGAACCUGUUAAAAACACUACACUGUUUGAAAUAGGUUCGUUGACGAAAGCCUUCGCAGCUACUUUGCUAUCGAACGAAUUAUAUGGAAUGGGACUUCACUUAGACACACCGCUGACGUCAGUGGAAGGACUGCGCGAUUUGAAAUUUUCGACGGAAGAAUUGACGUCACAUGUCACAGCUCGGGACCUUCUCAGUCACAGGACGGGAAUUCUCAACUACGACAAGGCCAGACUGAAUGGACAGAUAACGUUAGACAACCUUGCUGAACACCUACCUGAUUUCGAAGCAGGCUAUCCUCUCAGAAGCAAAUUCCUGUACAACAACCUCAUGUAUGGCCUAGUUGGUCACGUGACACAACGUCUGACCGGGAAACGCUGGGCAGAUGCCGUGCAGGACGAGUUGUUGACACCAUUACGCAUGCUCAAUACCGCCGUUCUCAACUCCACCAAUUAUGAACAAUUUCAUCUGCCGACACCUUACCAUUUUCCCUAUGACAAACCUGAAGCACGUCGAGAAAUAUCAACUGAUAUCUUGAAAUUAUGGUCAAUGAAUCCCCCAUCAAUGGCUAUCGUUUCCGAUGCAAUAGACAUGGGGAAAUGGCUACUGUUUCAACUUAACGAAGGCAAGGCGGAGGGCGGCCUUCAAGUAGUUUCGAAGAAAGCCCUUACAGAAGUUUACAGACCAGUGAUUCUAGCACUUCAUCCCCGCAACAAACUAACAGUCCGGCCCACUACUCCGGUCACAUUGCUUUUUGAAGAAUAUGGCUGUGCUUGGAAAAGUGGCCAUUACCGAGGAUACCCUAUAGUGGCGCACACCGGGUCAACUCACGGAUUUUCUUCCAUUCUCGCAUUUAUUCCAUCAAAACAGAGUGGCAUAUAUUUGAAUUUCAACACAAACGACAGGCCUCACCUGCGAAGGCACGUGUUGAUGGCGCACUUGUUGGACAUCGUUUUGGAGGAGAAACCAUGGCUGAACAGUUCCACGAUUUGCACAUUUCCCGCUCCAUUCGCUCAGUGGCAACACAUUCACAAGUCAGGAGUGAACAAAACCCCGGAUACAGUUGGAGCAGGAACAAGACCACUCAACAAUUAUGCUGGGCAAUAUUACCACCCUGUAUUUGGCACCGUCACCGUAGUACAUAACGCCACAGAGCCGUUUCUCCGCAUGUUUUAUGGACCGCUAGGACAGUGGGUGCUUCAUCCUAAUAAAUCUGAUGAAUUUUAUGGGGAGGGCGAGGGCGCCGUUUGGAACUUUGUUCUUUCGGGUCUCAAGUUCGGUAGCCAAAACAAAAAAGGUGGUGAAAUUGAUGUUUUAGUCAUAACAUCUUUUGAAGAGAGAAAACCCCCAAUUUUUCUGAAGGUGACGGGAAUACAGACGACAUUUGUUUCGGAUAUAGGCUUUCUCUCUUACCUUAUGUUAGGUUUGUUUACUUUACUGGCAAGGUAUAAGUUGAAAAAGUAAAUUUGAACAUUAAAAUCGUUUAAAAUGAAAGGAAAUUAUUUUUGUACAUGUAUAUAUCUGAGCGAUAGGAUUACGGAGGCUUAGGACUAGCCUACAACGAUAAGGGCCUACUAGCCUACAGGCCUAACUUAUAUAUAUUUAACUCCUAUUUAUUAGUAAUUUUUAAUAGUUUUGUUUAGUCAAUAAAAUGGGGGCGUCUCGAUAGUCCGAAGGUUAAUUGGUCCGAAGGUUCAUUGGUCCGAAAAGUGGUAACAUUUUUAUGGA